GGCCGCGCCGCUCCUUCCGGGAGGGCGGGAGGCGGUGCCGCUCACCUGGUGCCGCCGGCGCUGGGGAGCGCCCGAGCGCGGCCCCGCCGGGCGGGAGGUGAGCGGCGGCCGCCUCCGCCCCGCCCCGCCCCGCGCGGGAACACGGUCCCCCGGCAGGGUGUUUGUGCUUCUCCGCGUCUCUCUCCCCGCCCCCGUCUCUCCCGCCCGCCCCGCCGGGACCUCUCCUCUCCGGGCGGCAGCAGAGCCGCCUCAGGGCGGGCGGCGGCUGAGGUGCUGGUGGGGGGCGCUCUCGCCGUCCAGCCCGCUGGGAACAUGGCGACUGGCGGCUACCGCAGCGCCGGGGGCAGCACCACGGACUUUCUGGAGGAGUGGAAAGCAAAGCGGGAGAAGAUGCGGGCGAAGCAGGCGCCGCCGGCCCCGGGGGCCGCCGCCGGCGGGGAGGCCAGGCCGGCGGGGGGCGCCUCCUCCGCCGAGCUGAACAACAACCUGCUGCCCGGCGGCCCGCCCGCCCCGCCCGACCGCGCGGCGCCCCCCGCCGGCGGGGCCGUCAACUGCGUCAGCCUCGCCAGCGCCGCCUUGGCCCGGUCCGGCCCCGCCAAGGAGCCGCCGCCGGCCCUCGCCGGGGUCCGGGCGGCCGAGCCUGCCGCCAAGCCGCCUCCCGCCGCCGCGCCGGGCUCCCCCGAAGGCGAGGAGAAGCUGGCCGCCAAGGGAAAGAGCUCGGGGCCCAGCGCCAGGAAGGGGAAGGGGCAGAUCGAGAAGAGGAAGCUGAGGGAGAAGCGGAGGUCGACAGGUGUGGUGAACAUCCCGGCCGCCGAGAGCCUUGAUGAGUAUGAAGAUGAUGAAGCAGGGCAGAAGGAGCGAAAGAAGGAGGAUGCUAUUACCCAACAGAAUACGAUACAAAAUGAGAGUUCCAGUGCAGAUACCCCUGGCUCAUACUUGCUACAGGACUCCUCCAGGAUGGUUUCAAGCAGGUAUAAAAGCACAGCUAAUGCAUCAGAAGAAGAUAUUCCCAGUAGAUACUCCCGAACAGACAGGACAACUUACAGCAGAUACAGCAGGGAUGCAAAUUCUUCUGGCAGUUCCAUACCAAGUAAUGCUUUGGAAAAGCGGAUUGAGGAACUUGAAAGGGAACUUUCAAAGGAGAGACAGGAAAUUGCAAGAUUGAUGAAGAUGACACAGGAUAAAGAUGAAGUAAUUGGAAAGCUGAAGGAAGAAAUUGAUUUAUUAAACAGAGACCUAGAUGAUAUAGAAGAUGAAAAUGAACAAUUGAAGCAAGAAAAUAAAACCCUCUUAAAAGUCGUUGGACAGCUGACAAGGUAGAAGAUCCAAGCCUCAAUGAGGAAAGAUUUAAAAACUACUGAUUGAAUGUUAAGGUCAAUAUAGUAAUACUUCCUGUGUUGCAGUAUGUUAUAAUAACUGUCUUUAUAUUUAUUGUUAGGAAACCAGAUGAAUGUUUAUUUUCAUAGUACAUACUUCUUCAUUCAAUGAAGUGGCAUCAAAUUUGGGCUAUAUUUUUACCUUUCUAUUCACAUAAGAAUAAUUAAAAUUGUUGACAUAUUUCAAAAUACUAAGUUCAAAAAUAUGUAUUUUGUAUCUUCAGAUUACAUCUGGAUAAAUAACAGUAAUUUAAAAUUCAUAGCACCAAGAUCACUUUCAGACCAUGUGGGUGUAUAUUUUUGAAAUGAACGGAAGCAAUACAUAUAAGCUUUGUUUACACAGAUCUGAAAUAUAUAUUUUGGGAAAUACUUCCUUUUUUGUUUAAGCAGCUGUAAAGUGGAUGCCUUAUUACUGAUGUAUAACAGUUUGCAGGUCGAUUACUUGCUCUAAAACUCCUUUAUGUUGAGGUUUUUUUACUGUAUCUGAAAGACUGACAAUAGUAGAAGAUAGCAUUUAUUUUUUUUUUUCCUGUAUAACAGUAUUCUGGCAGGUAGGGGAGGUUUUAUUAAAAAAAGCAAACAAAAAACCACACACACAAAACCCCCCUUCCCACAAACAAAAAAAACCCCCAAACACAAAACCACCAAAAAACCAUGAAAUCACCUGUAGUAUCAGCAUUAAUGAGUUCUUAGAAUCAUAUUGAAGUUGUGCACUGCAGUUUAUUUUAAAGCUUUUGCUUAAGCAAUGAAAUGCAAGUUUGCUAUCAGACAAGUUUGUUUGCUGUGUUGAGAAUACAGACAAAGCCUGGAGCUUUCAUUUUAGCAAAGACACUUUUGCAAUACUCUUCUGUUAAAGUUGUCAUCUUAAAAUUUGAGGUUUUUUGAUGUAUCCAUUUUUUUAAUCUGGGUGAAAAUUUUUGUAAAUAACAAAGUAGAGGGGCAUACAAGUGAUUCCUGCCCUUUUGUAACAUCAAAUGUUUUCUCAUUUAUUUGAAACUAAGAUGUUUAAAAAGCACGUAUUUAGAUGUUACAAUCCAGUCAUGACUGUGUACUGAUUUUUCUAUAACAUGACAUUAGACAAAAUUUUCACUUUACAUUAACCACAGACCUCAGUUAACAGUACUGUUGUUAAAAUUGUUAGGUUGGAAUUUGACGUGCUUUAUUUUGUCGUAACAGAGCAUUUUUAAUUCCUGAUCAGAAUAAAUAUAUAUGUCGUUUGAGUCAGGACACUAGAAAUGGAAGCAUUUCUUAAGAGUCCAGGCUUUUUCUUAUGAUUUUGAAGUUUGGUGUCAGAAAGUUGCAUGCGUGUAGUUUUUGUAACCUUGAAACUUAAAGGCAACUUUAAUAUAUAAUAACAAUCACCUUUUCAGAUUUGCCAAUUGUUUUCAUGAUGUGUAUUUAAUGACUGUAAGAGUUCUUAAAAAUGAAAAUCCAAGCAUUAUUGUUCACCUUGGAUUGUUUUGGAUAUAGGUUAUUUUGCAUUUGUGUAUUCUAAUGGGGAGGAACUUCUCACAGCUUUAAAGUAUUUUUCAAGACAAUUAUAUUCUAGGAUGCCUUGAUGUUUUCCUUCACAGUGGAUGAUAUCCCAUGGGACACCAUUUAAAACCUUUACUCAGGGAUUUAAAUGGUAUGGGGGGGUAAUAUAGGCCCUCUGAACUACAGUAUGCACCAAUGAAUAUUGCUUUUAGUAUUGUUCAAACAGUAAGAAGUCCCUUAUUUAUCAGAUUCAUGAAAUUCAAUUUUUAAAGUAAUACAAUCAGUUGAGAUGUAUGCCUUCUGAAUAAAUAUGAAACUUUCUCUGGAAGAACAUCUGGUUUUCUUCUCUGUGUACAAGGUAGGAAAUACACGUACCGAUUUACAGCAUGGGAUGUCAAACAUAUUGAAGCAUCAUUAAGGAGUUAAUGCAGAACACACAGUAAUACAAAGUUGUAAAUGAGAUUUCAUAAACUGUAUUUCAUAUACAUUUUAAACCAAAGAACAGGAACAACAAAGAACAUAAACAAGAAUUACUUGUCUUCCUAUUACCUAUUCUUGGUUUGCAUGUGUGUUGGCUAAAACUUAGUAGCAGUAACAUCAAAAUUAGAAUUUAUUGUUUUUUUUAACUUGGACAUCCAGCUGACAGAAAUAGAUGGCAGAAGUACUUCUGACACCCUACCUUGAAGAGGUACUGGCAAGGGAAGUUUCCAGAUAUUUGAAACCGGUAAUGCUUCAGGCAGAACAUGUGAACAAAGGAACUGUUGGGAAUUCACAGAUAAAGUACCUCAGGACAUUAUUGUUGUUGUGUAUUUUUAUACAAUCAUAAAGCUCUUCAUGGUUUUAAAAAUUGCCACAAACUGUAUCUUGAAGCUUAACACUUCAGCUGACGGUCUGGAAGAUUUAGGUGGCUUUUUGGAAAAAAGGAUGUCAGUAACAGUUCUUUUACUUACAUUAUCAGGCUCAUGAGAGAAGUUUAGUAGAUUCUAGGAAAAAUGAUAUAUUAUGUAGAAUGUUAAUAAUUGUCUAGUCAUUACUUGCCAUUAAACGUUUAUUUCAGUAGGGUACCCUUAUACUCAAGCUCAAACAUAGAGUAAGAUUUUAUCCUAGGUGAUAUGAAGGUGUUAAAUUGGCUACCUUAUCAGUAAUUCACUAACCCAUGUCCAUGUCAUUACUAGUCCAAAAUCUUGAUUGUUCUUAAUUGUGUGAUUUAAAAGCAGAGAGACUGCUGUAAAUGGGAACCCACCUCCCUUGGGAAGGCUUAUACGAUUCCUGAAUCAGUCUGGGUAUUAACGUACCUGGGCUAAAUCAUUUUUAGUUGAGAUUUUCUGGGGGGAGAGGGGCACAUUAGUAUGCAAUGCUAAACGUAUGGGUAAGUCUCUUGGAGAUUUCUGAACUUUCAUGUCUUAAAAUUCAUACCAAACUGCUUAGGUCUAGCAUCUGUGUUUCUGGGUAACAGGUCAUCUGGGAAAAUCUAAACAGAAAAUUAAUCCCAUCGACUAACUCAAUUAAGACAAUUUUUUUCAAGAUACUUUAAUAAUGAACAGCGCAUAAUUCCUAUUUUGAUAAUGCAGUGAUACUCCUGUUAUCGUCACAUACUAUUGUAUAGAAAACAUACAGUACAUCCAGAGCUGAAGGUUAAAAUUAUGCAGAAAUAUUUCAUUGAUAAUAUGCACUACUGUUUGUGGGAUUUAUUCCCUAAAGAAGUUCAGCCAUAUAUAAAUGUUGGUGAUUUUAACAAGGAAAUUCAAAAUGGCUCAUUUUUCAUUUUUUAAAAUAAUUAAAUGGCCAUUUAAUUAAGUUCAGUGUUACUUGAUUAACCGAAAGAGUACAAUCUGUCUGUGCAAAUGAGUGUGUUUUCUGUCUUUCAAGAAAAUUUUUUUACUUCAUUACAAGAUUUGUAUUUACACAUUUUAGAGGUGAAUUAUUUCUGUGUUAGAUUGGCUCUGAAUGUGAGAGGUAGCGUGAGAAGAGAGGGUAACAAGAAAUAAAUAAAUUACUUCCAAAAUAGGAAGUAUAACCUAAUGAUUUGAUUUUUUUAUUCAGCUGUACUGAAAAUUGGCUGUGGAAAGAUUUGUGAUUGGCAUCAGCAGUACAAAAGAUACAGGGGUCUUAGUAUGUUGGAAACAACUGGUUAACCUACAUCAAAAGUUCUUUUCAACUUGUCUCAUACCAUUACAGCUUGGAAACUUGCUACCAGAAAGAGACCAAAAAGAAUAGUGGAGAUCACAUUACUUUGUAACAUCUUGUUAGGAGAGCAGAGUUACACGACUCCAGCUUUUUUAUGUUUUCCUGCAAGCUCUUUGUGGCUAUUUCCAGUGAAUUGAAACAAAUGAGUGCUAGUAGACAAGAGGAAACGCAAUUAUUGGGAAAGAAACACAUGAGUAAUAACUGUAAAAGAUAUUGACACCAGCAUUUUUAGAAGCAUUUCUACUUCUGUCAUUAAGCAUUUCUUUAGGACUACUUAAAUAUUAUAUCCAGGACAAAAAGGACUUUGAUAUGUAUUUUAGUAGCAUUCAUAAUCUUCCAAGUAUGUUGACUUACUAUAGCAAAUCUCUGCCUACUGUUUCUCCUUGUACUGUAGCAGAUGUACAUUACCUUGUUAAUUUAAUCCUUUUGCUUUUAUUUCUGAAUUUCUGGUGUAUCUGUUCUUGUUCAGGGCUAGCUGUGAUUUUUCUGUUCUGGAAAAAUUGUGGUAGUUGAGUUUUCCUCUGAAAAUAGUCUCGUAAUCAUAAUGCAGAGUAGUUUUGUUUGUUUUUUUUUUAAAUAUCCAUUUUAUGCAUUUAAAAAGUUGAAGCGUCAUUAAGCUAUAAAUAACUAAAUAUCCAUUUUAGUUUUGAACAUGGACUGGUUGUGAUAUUAUUUGUGAUACCAGAUUAAAAAUGAUGUUGAGAUUCUUACCAUUGCAGGUAAUAGAUAAGUGUUUAAUCUAACAAGAAAGACUGUGUGCCUUUGUCCAAAUAAAACAAAAUUGUUAUUAA